CUGUUCAUCAGAUUAACAGACAGCUCUAACCCUCAUCCCUAACCUGCACCAAAUAUGACCUCUUCUGUACACUAUGGACAUGCUUACCUGCUGCUGUUAAUUGGAGGGGUGGUUGGAUGGCACGACCUGGACAACAGCGAGUACGACUGCUGGCCCCUGGAGAAGCCAGACGAGCUGAAUAUGAUCGACUGUGGAGGUUUGGAGAUGGCCUGGGUUUUGCGUCCUCCAGAGAAGGUUCUGAGUGGAGAGGAUUUUAACGUGAUUUAUUCCGUUACAGUCAGAGAUGAGUUCUAUCAGUGGGCCAUAGACAAAAACAUCUUUAUACACAGAGCCAUUACAGACCCGGCAGAGGCUCGAAGAUUCUGCGAGGAACACGAGUGUCCGAAUAACUGGAAAGAUGCGAAUGGAGAAAACUGCUGCAUUCACCACGCUAACAUACACUCCUGCCCUAUGGGCUAUAUGAAAGCUGCAGAGGAGAGAAUUUGUGGACCCUGGAUUCCAGACGACGGUCGAAUUUUCACACACACCAUCUCUACAUCUGGCAAAAUGACACAAACCAACUGGACUGCCAAGGUGGUCCUGUUCCAUGAGGGUUUGACAUCUCUAAUCGCACACAUCCGGGUGGGGAACAUGCAGGUGGCUCUGGAGGCUAAAAGCACCGUCCUGCCUGCUAUAAUGUGUGGGGACGGCGUGUGUGAGGCAGAGGAGAAUUGUUUUAAGUGUCCGGCGGACUGCGGUGACUGUCCUCUCAGUCCUUCAGUCCGCGCCGCCAUCGGCCUCACCGUGACCACCAUCAUCAUCAGCUUCUUCGUCACUGCUAUGUGGUUCAGGUAUCAGAAACAGAAGCUGCUGUGGGAUGAGAGCUGGAUUAUAGACGUCAGCCAGAUCAAACAAGAUUACAUUGCAAGGGCAGCUAUGGGCAGUAUAAUCAGUGUUCCAGCAGCCAACAGUGACUCCAACGCCAGCUGUGUGACGGCCCUCAGCUCCUGCACCGGCAUGCCCACCUCCCGCAAACAGCUCUACACACACACCGGCAUCUAUGACGGACGAACUGUUGCCAUCAAGAAGAUCAAGACAAAGUCCUUCUCUCUCUCCAAAACCAUCCGUCAAGAAGUAAAACAAGUCCGAGAGCUGGACCAUCCAAACCUGUGUAAGUUCUUUGGCGGCUGUGUGGAGAUCCCCAACGUUGCCAUUGUGACUGAAUACUGUCCUAAAGGCAGCCUGAACGAUGUGCUACUGAAUGAUGAAAUCCCACUGAACUGGGGCUUCAGGUUUUCAUUUGCUACAGAUAUAGCUCGAGGAAUGUCCUACCUUCACCAGUACAAAAUCUGCCACGGACGCCUCAAAUCAACCAACUGUGUCAUCGAUGACCGCUGGGUUUGCAAAAUCACAGAUUUUUGUCUUAGGGUGUAUCGAAGAGAGGACUGUGCUGAACCCCUCACUACAUAUCAACUCAGACUGAACGAGGUUUACACUCCACCUGAGGCCCAGAACGGGAAUACAGAGCCCACUCUAGCAGGGGAUGUCUUCAGUUACUCCAUCAUUCUGCUAGAGAUCGCCACAAGGAAUGACCCAGUUCCAGUGGAGGAUACUUCAGUAGAGUGCGCAUGGUGUCCUCCUCUUCCUGAGUUGAUUUCUGGGAAAGCAGACAACACCUGUCCCUGCCCUGUAGAAUAUGCAGAGCUGAUUCGAAGAUGCCGUUCUCAUAACCCCACCCACCGGCCCACCUUUGAGCAAAUCAGAAAAUUUGUUCAUAGAAUCAACCCUCAUAAAGUCAGUCCUGUGGACAUGAUGAUGAACCUGAUGGAGAAGUACAGUAAGCACCUGGAGGUCCUGGUGGCUGAGCGGACGCAGGACUUGAUGCACGAGAAACAGAAAACAGACCGCCUGCUCUACAGUAUGCUGCCCAAGCAGGUGGCUGAUGACCUCAGACAAGGAAAGCCCUCUCAGGCUCAGAGCUAUGUCAGUGCUACUGUCUUCUUCAGUGAUAUUGUGGGCUUCACUCAGCUCUCCAGCACCAGCACACCUUACCAGGUGGUGGACUUCCUUAACAAACUCUACACAACCUUUGACGAUAUCAUCGACAACCACGAUGUGUACAAAGUGGAGACCAUCGGAGAUGCCUAUAUGGUGGUGUCAGGGGUGCCACGGGAGAACGGUAUUUUACAUGCGGCUGAGAUUUCCAACAUGGCACUGGAUCUGGUGUCAGUCUGCAAAACCUUCCGAAUCCCCCACAAACCCCAAACACAGCUGCAGAUCCGCGCAGGAAUACACUCAGGACCUGUUGUGGCUGGAGUUGUGGGGACUAAGAUGCCGCGUUACUGUCUGUUUGGAGAUACUGUGAACACUGCCUCCCGUAUGGAGUCCACCAGCGAAGCACUAAAGAUCCAGUGCAGCUCCAGCGCCUUUUACCUUCUGGAGGAGAUCGGGGGCUACACGCUCACCUGCAGAGGGGUCCUGCAAGUCAAGGGUAAAGGGGACAUGGUGACGUAUUGGUUGGAAGGGAGGCAGACAGUGCCGGUCAGUAAGGAGAAGAAAGCAGAGACGGCACCAGACCUCACAGAAAAAGAACAUUUCUCCAACAUCCCCGGAGUUAUCACCUGUAAUAACAACAACAACGACCUGCUGUUUGACCCCAACUAGCCCUGAUCAAGCUGAAUUACUAAUAACAGGGUUUUUCACCACAGAGAAAAUAGUCUACACACACAGUAUUACUGUCUAAACACACUGUAGAUUCAUACAGUGUUAAAAUCAUCACUUCAAAAUUAUUACUGUCUACACACUACAGAUUCAAACUGAAUUAAAAUAAUCAUCACUCCACAAUUAUUACUGUCUACACACUACAGAUUCAAACUGAAUUAAAAUAAUCAUCACUCCACAGUUAUUACUGUCUAAACACCAUGCAGAUUUAAACUGAAUAAAAAUCCUCACUCCACAAUUAUUACUGUCUACACACUGCAGAUUUAAACUGAAUUAAAAUAAUAAUCACUCCACAAUUAUUACUGUCUACACACUACAGAUUCAAACUGAAUUAAAAUAAUCCUCACUCCACAAUUAUUACUGUCUAAACACCAUGCAGAUUUAAACUGAAUAAAAAUCCUCACUCCACAAUUAUUACUGUCUACACACUGCAGAUUUAAACUGAAUUAAAAUAAUAAUCACUCCACAAUUAUUACUGUCUACACACUACAGAUUCAAACUGAAUUAAAAUAAUCCUCACUCCACAAUUAUUACUGUCUAAACACCAUGCAGAUUUAAACUGAAUAAAAAUCCUCACUCCACAAUUAUUACUGUCUACACACUGCAGAUUUAAACUGAAU